AUGUACGAUGAAAACAGUAACAACGCAAGUGCGACUUCGGCGGCGACGGCGUCUUCGUUGGCAGGCGUCGGCUCCGCUCCAAACUCGGCCCUCGUGACACAGCUCAUCAACGUCAAAGACAGUCGCUGGUUACAGGUUCGUCUUUUUUGAUUUUCAUUUUGCGGCAUUCUCUUUCCUUUCCGUUGUCUCACCGAAAAUCGCCAGAGAAAAGUUCGAAACGCGCAAAAAAGUUUUUAUCACGUUUAUUUUUCAGUGGUUUGUUGUUCAUUUCUGAACUUUUUAAAUUUCUGUUAAAAUAAUCAACAAUUUUUUUCCAUUCCCAGGGAUAUUCAAAGUUAAAACAUGGGAAUAGUUGUUUUUAGAAGAAAUUUCCAACUCUUUCAAAAAAACUAUACAAAGCGUUUCACGCCUCUGUAAAAAUAUUUGAAUUGUGUAUUUUUUUCAAAUUAAAACUCCAGUUUAAAAAAACAAAGAGUAAUUCUACCUUUCGAGGGAGCCUGGAAAAAUUCUCCGUUUCUCAGAACUGGCUUCAUUUCAAGCUUUGAAGGACCAAAAAAGAAUAUGAGAAAAACUUCCCCAAAAACCGGACAAUUGCGAAAGUUCAGAGCUUCUGAAUAUUUGGUUCUUAACAAAGAACAUUUUGUUUCUUAACCUUUCGAAAUACGCUGUUGGUCAAAGUUAGAAUUUUUGUAAUUUUUCAAACCAGAUGAAACAUCCUUCUUCGAAAGCCCUCUCAAACUGCGGACUUUCAAUAGAAAAGUCAAGAGAACUUGGCUGACGCUCUUUUCACUUUGCCAUCGUGUGCUGAAAAAGUUCAGAAAAAGACCAGUUUGAAAGGAAAUCAACGAGAAAGAUGUGAUUUUUGGAUAGGCCAUCCUCUUUCAUACAUAAAGCCUUCGAAACGGCGUUUCUCACAUUUGUUUAUUCAACAUUUGGCGGCACAGGAUUGUCUUCUCCUUCGGCAAUAGGAGACGAGGGGACCGGCGUCAGGAAAUUCAGCUGCUUCAUCUUCUUUAUGUUUUCUCUACUUGGCCUGAUGACUUGCCAAUGAUUGGGGCUUGGAAUUGUGUGCAACUCGAGGCCGAGUAUACCGCAUUCCACCCAGCUCUGCUCCAAGCGGUUAAUUAAGUUUUGGGCGAUCCGCCCAAACCACCAAAAUCCCAUUGUUUCUGGCAAGACGAACAUCCGGUGGAAAAAUGAAAUAUGGAGCUGGGCGCGCUCGAGAAAAUGAGCUGCGAGUUUAGAGAGAAGCGGCCGAGAGAGGAAGACUUAUUCGAAAACGAUUCUUGGGGAGAAGUCACCCAUUGACUUUUCGAUUAGACCAGAUUUUUUGGCUUCGUUCAAGCUAGACUUUCAAAGAAAACAGAAAUAAAAGGCCAGAUAUUUUUCAAGGUUUACAAAGAACAAGUUACCGAAGCAGUAUGUAGUUGUUUUUUUUUUUGAAAAAACGAAAAUGUUUGCUUUAUAAACUUCAGUUUGAACUUUUUUAAAGAUUUUGGAUCAACUUAUCGGUCCCUUUUUGGAUUAUUCACAUCAUCAGUUGAAAGACAGUUGUGGUAGAUUCCGCAACAAGAAAACCCUUGAAGAAUAAAAUUAAUAAGUAAGAAGACUCUCACCGAAAAAAAAAAUUAAAAAAAAUCUAGUCUUCAAUUAACUUUUUUUUCGAGAAAGAAUGAAUUUCACAUGACUCACUGAAAAGAGAAAACCUCCGCAAGAAAUCCUAGCCCCUCAAUCAAAGGCAAAAAAUGACUGAUCCUCCACUUCCGGAUCGGCAGACAAUAUUUCACGCAUGUGCGGCAGCUUAAGUGUAAUACAAAACAUCCGGUAGAGCAGCCGCACCAACUCAUCACAGAGCAACUCAAAACGGAGAGGAAAUUGUAUGCGCGAAGAUAAUCCAACGCCUUUGGCGGUACUGGAAUCGGAAUUAAUUUUUUCGGGUUUUCAGGUCGAAGUUUGCCGUGAGUUCCUACGGGGUCAAUGUGCCAGAACGGAUCAGGAGUGCAAAUUCGCCCAUCCACCGCCACAUGUAGACGUUCAACAGGGACGAGUCACGGCAUGUUACGACAGCAUCAAGGUUUCCGAAUUUCUUAGUUUUUAUUUUUAUUUUCAAAUCGAAUUGGUAUUCAAAAAAAUAGUUUCUGAAAAAAAAGUUGUUGUUAAAACAAAAAAAAAUUCAAAAAAUGAUGUUGGUUCGAAUAAAAAAAACAGGAAGAAGUAUGAGCGUGAACUCAUGAAACAUGUAAAAUGCACAAAUAAAAAGUACUGCUCAUAACGUUUUUGAAAACGUUGCUUUGUAAGAAUUUUCAGCUGAUGAUUUUGAAAAUUUGUGAAAAAUUUUCACGAAGUUGAUAAUGCAAAAAACCGUUUCAAAGUUUGUUGUUUUUAGAUGGCUUCUUCUUUUUACGCCCAGAAAUUUUUUUGCUCAACUUCAGGCCUGAGAGUCUGUUUUUUAUUAAAAAUAAUCAUUUAAUCCAAAGUAAAAUAAACAUUUUUUUCUUCACUUGAAUUUUUAAGUCUUACUACGGAGAUACAUAUAUUUUUUUGUUUCUCGGUACGUUUUCAAUUUUGUUUUUGUUUUUUUGAAUGGUUCCCCGCAAUCAUUUAUUCUAAACUACGGAAUAACUAUUUUUUAACAUUGCCCACUUUUCCUUUCUUUUUUCCCCGCGGCAGUUUGAAAUUUUCACUUUUUUUUCCGCCAAAGUCGUUUCCCAUAAAUUUUAACGUAUGCAUAAAGUAGGCCCCGGAGAGUCUUUUUUGUGAGAAAUGAGCUCGUUGACCUCGCAGCAGCCGUUUUCGCAACUUUCAUUUCGCCGAUCCGUCAGGAAAAAAACCCGAUUGAGAAGUACAUUGUCGUUAGGUUUUGAAUUGAGGUUGCAGAGAGCGAAAAUUUAUAAGUUCAUAAAGUGAUGAACUUUGAAAGAUUGACGAAGUAAGUUGAUAAAAUAAUUUUAAAACUUUUCUACGAGUUCAGAUCAGAUUUUUUCUCUUUUUACUCUUAUCUAAACAAUAAAUUCAUCUAAAGCUUGCUGAGGAAGCUCAGUGGUUUUGGGUUAGCGAAUCAUAUAAAAAUUUUUCAAAAAAAAUGUUUAGAAAGGCCUUAAAAAUGAAAAUAAAAAAAUCGCCCGUUAGAACAAUAGGGUUCUUAAGAAAUUGUUUUGUAAAACCAAAAAGAAUAGCAAAAAAAACUGUUUCUAUCCGAUGUGUAUCUUUUUUUUAUGAAAUUGAUACCUGUUAACGACAAACAUAAUUAGAAUUUGGUAAAAAAGAAGGUGUCAGCUUUUUGAACUUUCUUUCAUGGAGACUUUUUUUUGGAAUCAUCGCCGAUAAUUUCUAUUCGAUCCGCAAAUUUUUUUCAAUUUUUCUCCUGAAGAAUGUCAGUUCAGCUUGAAGACUUUGAAUUUAUUCUUAAUAGUAUUGCUCUCUUCAGAUGCCCUCAAGAAUAUCAGAUUCAAAAUUUACUACUAUAAUCUUACAAAAAAUGAGGUUUCUGAAAAAAGUUUAAUUCAGGGAAAGAAAAACUAAAGAAAAGGCUUCAAAGAGCAUUUCCGUUCACUACAGUGCUUUUCAAAAGGUAUUGCAUAAGAAAUCAAAGUGGAAUGAAAAGCUGAGUGAGUGGCAAGGAUAUUCCUUAUUCCUUGCAUUGUUUAAUGGUCGGAACGGACGAUUUGGUCGGCGCCAGGCUAUUGAUGGCUGUUGCCAGCUGGACCGACAACCGGCGGGCAUUUGCCUCCAUUUCAAAUGCAAAAUGCAAAGCAAUACGCGCAUCACAUUCGUCACUUGAAUUAUUUGCCAAUUUCACAUGUGAGGGCCGGUGGUGUCGGUUUAUAAAAGUGCAUACAUAACGCUUUUCUCACACACGUUGCUCCUCCUCAAAAUGUUCUGUCAAAGGUGUUGUCCAGGAAAACAAGGCAAACAAAAGUCGCCGACGAAAGUCGUGUCAACUCUGUCCAAUUCAGAGGUCUUGAGUCGCUACGGCCAAAGGACAUUAGGAGUUAGGCGAGAGGAUCAGGUGCGCGAGUCGAACCCAAAAAAGUCCUCUUUGUCUGUUUCAAACUGUUCCCCAGGGAUUUUGACCAAAAAAAUGCUUGCAUUGAACCUAAAUUUGGUCGUCGCGGCAAAAAGCGGCAGUUCGCUCUUAAGAACGGCGUUCAACAUUUUUCCCGCUAAAAGCCCAACAAACUUUUGAGGGAAACAUGGAAGAUGGAGAAUGUUCCGGAAUUCAUUUCUCUAAAUUAAAUCGAAUGGAAGUGAUAAGGAAAAAUCAAAACCCUGAAAAAAACUAAGAGCAUUUUCAAAUAAAUUAUUGAUUACAAUUUUUUCGAUUUCUUCUCGAGACGACAGCAAUAGCUUACAAAAAUCUCAAAGAGCCACCAUAUGCUCUUUCUCAAAUCCUCUCAACCUUUUGUUUUGUUUAUGAAUGGCAGAGUUUAGGAAAAAGAAUAAAUCAAAGAGGUCUCCUCUCUCUCCAAAUUAAUUGAAAGGACUCAAAAUUUGGGCUCCAAGGAAAUUUCGCAUAAUUGUAUUUUCGGAAAAUUUGAAACUGAAAUUCGAAAAAAAGUACCGAUCUUUUUUCAAAAUUUAAAUAUGAUAGUUUUUUAAUGAAUUUCGAACGCCUCUAGUUUUUGAACGCCUCAUCAGAAACACCUAAGAACUUUUCCAGGUAGUUUAUCUUUAUUGGAAGAACCCAGACUUCUUUAAAAAAAUUUAUUGCGCCAUUGGGUUCCAAUUCAUCUUGAUUUGCAUCUACUCUUAGAGAUCCAUCUUCUGUCCAUGAGGACCCAAAUUUUGACUUUUGACGCAAAGAUUUGGGAGAGUGUUUGCCUUGGCGUUUUGAUAUGUGUGCGAAGAGUCUGGAAGACGCGGCUCCAUGUUCUGCAAGGGACGAAGGGCUUAUCGAUAUCGAGAGCCAUCUGCCUCGACACCAUUUCCAGGCGCUGCCAAUCCUCUGGGGGCUUUUCCGUGCACGCCGCCAUGCAACAAUGUCCUCUUCUUGCAUUUCGUGAAGGCAGCCAAAGACGCAAUUAACUGCGCGCCUCGGCGCCAAACCAAAAGCCGGCGGGGUCGUCCGUCAGAUGUCACGUCUUCACGUCUUCAUUUCGCAACAUCUCACACUACGAUCUGAUAUCGUUAUUGCACAUGGAGAAUGAAUGAGAAAAUCUUCGAAAAAAAUAUCUUCGAGGACAGCGACGUCUUCUUCGCUUAAAAAUAAAAUAUAUCAAAUCUUUCCUUGAACUCUCAAAAGAUAAAAUAAUAAUUCAACACCAACACUGAAAACAGGAUUUUAAAGUUGAUCGGUAUAGAGGAAGUACAUUUUAGGAAACUCCGAAAUAAAUAUGAACAACCUUUUCUGUAUGCAAUCGAGUCAAAAAGAACUUUUUUUUUACGAUCAACGCAUUACGAAAGACGGUCGGAAUCGAGUUAACGGGGUUCAGUCAUAACAUAAAUCUCGAGGAGAAAAGUUUGGCUAAAAAUUAAUAGGAACUCGAUGGACAACUUAAUUAUAUCCAAUUUCUCUUGAUAAUAAAAAAAGAAUUUAAAAGCAUUUUUUUCUAUCCUUUAUUUCUUAUCAAUUUUGGUUCUCUCGAUGUUUUUUUUUCAAUCUUUCAAAGAAAGCAAUGACGUUUUCCUUCUCUCGACAUUUAUUUUGAACGACGGGCCGUCAAGCAUUUUCUGAAAUUGAGGAAAGAGAAAGAUUGAUUUGUAAAUGGCACUUUCGCAAAAGAAGAAUGGGAGACAUAAAACACUGCAAAAAAGACUAGUAGCUUUUAAUUUCCAGUUAGAUUGCCUCUCAAGGAGAAAUGAAGCCUUGGAAUGGUUUUUUUUUUCAGGGAAGAUGCACGCGAGAAAAUCCCAAGUGCAAAUACCUGCAUCCGCCUCAACAUAUCAAGGAUCAACUACUUAUUAACGGCCGGAACCACUUAGCGCUGAAAAACCUGCUGUCCGCACAAUUUCCCCCUGGAACACAACCGAUCGCCGUCAAUCCGAUUGCACAGAUGAUGGUUUGAAAAAAAAGGAGAAAAUAUUUAUUCGCGUUUUUUUUUUUCGAACAUACAACAGCAGCAGCAGGCUGUCGCGGCGGCCAACAUGAUGCCAAAUUUGCAAUAUCCGUACUACCAAGGUCUUGUAUACUCGCCUCUUCUUCAAGAUCCCUACGCAACAGCCGUCAACCAGGUAUUUUCAGACUUUCCGUCAAUUGCUCGUCCAUCGAAUCGCUUGCCUAUUCAAUUACGCUGAUUUCUUUUUAAGAUCAAUAUUUUUGAUUUUUUUAUGAUUGCAUUUUUAACUCACACCGUUUUGGAAUGAAGUGCUCGUCGCUUUUCUUUAAAAAAUUUAGCCUCAAAAACCAUUUUAAUAUGCUCCAAAAAAUUUCGUUCAGACGUCUGACGAAUUUUUUUUCUCUUCAUAUGAUUCAAAUUUUCUUCAAUUUUUCAGAAUAUGGAAUCCUAUCAUUCUCAUUGCGGUGUGAGUUUUUUAGCACGAUUUUUUCUGCCGUGUAGUUAAUUUGGUUCUAAUCCCGUACGCAAAAUCAAAGUGUCCACGGGACGACAAUAAUUCACAAUUGGUGGUGUCAAUGUCCUUUCACCGUCUGCUCGUUUUUGUGAUUUUCGGCCACUGCCCACAACCCGAACCUACUUUUUUUUUCAAUUUUUCUUUAUCGAUAACUGAUUGAUCAAGUUGAAGAGUACGGUGAGAAUAAUCUUGAAUAGAUCAUGAAUCUUCCGGAAAUCAUUUAACUGUACUCUUUUUCAAUCAUUUAUUGUCAUAGGCAUUCACAACAAAAAAAUUUCAAUAUAGUCUUCUCUAAUAAAAUAUUUCCGAGCAGAACAAAAGUGAAUGAAUUAAACCUAUGCGCAUGGCUUUUGGCUGAAGCUCUGAUUUAGCAGCUGCAAGCCGCCUUGCUAGGAAACGUGGGCCUGCUGGCGACUCAAAGCCCAGUACUUUCUGGUCCUGCGGCUCAAGCAGCCGCUGCAGCAGCCGCCGCCGCAGCCGCCGCCGUAGCCAACCCGCUGACGGCGCAGCUGCAGCCGACGAUGCUCGCCUUGAGCCGGAAACGAGCCCUCGAAGACGACUCCACGACAUCGACGAACGACGUCGCCGCCUCGCACGCGCAUCUGCUGUCUCUGGCUGCAGCCGCUGCGGUAUCCCUUCAAUUUUAUCGUUUAUACUCCGGUAAAACCCGGGUCGCUGUUACUUAGUUUCCUAACGCGUUUCAAUGGAGUGUCGUGAGCAUGAACUCUUCGGAGACUUAUUUUUUCAUUAUCUACUUUUUUUCUACUUCUCCCAUUGAACCGACGGUUUAGCUUGUAUGAUUGUUGUGUGAAGCUUGCAACCAGGCGCCGUGCUAUGGCGGCAUGAGGAAGUCGUCAAAGACUUUUAUUUUCAGUCUCGCCGCUUUGAAUUUAUUUCGAAUCACCGCCAGCUUUGACUUUGAGUUUUGUUACGCAUCACUUUUUUCCUUCAAAAAGGGUUGAAAAAUCAUCAUCACAAAAAUCCGUUAGGUGAUAAAAUUGAAUUGAGAAUCGCAGAGUUAAUUUUGAUCAUUUUGAAAUGAGGUCAAACAUUUUUUAGCUAAUUUUUGAUUCCAACUUCUGCGUUUAGAUGAUCUCUGCCGGUAUUUAACUUCAAUUAAAAGCUGUAAAUUUCUUGUCGUUAGAAAAAAAUCACAAUUUUUUUCUCAUAUUUUUUUCUUUAAAUACCUCCCCAUAAUACCCCUUCCAAAAAAAUAAAAAUAAAAUUCUAAAGUUACAUAACCUGUUAAUAUUUAUGAUAUGGCCUUUUUUCAUUAUCGAUUCGAAAGAUGCAACACAUUUCCAGCUAGGAAAACAAUGUCAAAGCUAGCCCUAAUUCUCAGAGCGGCGCUGACCCACUUUCUCUGGUUUUACCUAGUGUUCUAAAAACAUUUCAAUGUCUUAAAAACAGUCCUUACCGAGUGCAUGCUAUUUUUGUCGUUUUACACAGGCGAAAAGAGAGAAAAUGAAUAGAAAGAGCUCAUUGACGGUUUCCUCGUAGCGCCGAAGUUGGACGUCCAAUCAGUGGCAUGUUCAGGGCGGCGUGCCAUGCAAAAGGCCGGCCGUCGACAAAAACGGCACCGUGCUUUACCAGACGGCAGCGGCGACGCAGCCAGCGCAGCCGUUCAAUCCUUAUCUGCUGCCGACACUCCAAGGCUACGUUCCCGCAGUCUCGUGUGAGUUGUAUCCCUAAUGUGCUUCCACAAGAAGCCUACUAACCGGACCUUUGUCCUUCUCUCAGUCUUCACAGUCUUUUUUCUUGGGUACCGCCUCAGCUUACUGAUGCUUUAAGCGCCACCAGCAAACGAGUUUCCUUUUUUUUUAUCUCCGUUGUUUGUUUUUAUUUUCUCAGUUGAAUUUGAUCUCUUCCUUUUCCUUAAGCUUUAAUUUACCAAGGUAGUCUAGACGGGUGCGUAGGGUCAAUGAAAAUGUGAUUUGGAAAUGGUUGAUUGUAAUUCAAUGAAGUUUAAACUUUGCUAAAAAAGUUGAUAACUUUGAGAAUGAAUUGGUUCAGAUUCAGCAUCGCGACCAGAGCUUUGUCAAAAAAUACGGUAGAAUGGAUUUGAAAAAAAACUGAAGCUCAAGUUCAAGUGAAACGCAAAAUGCAUAAGAUUGACCAAUUGUUCCUAAAGUAUAUCUGGAACGAAAAUCAGCAUCUCUAGUUUGGGAAUUCAAAAAAGUAAAGUAGUCUUUUAGUAUUUCGUUCGCUGUGAUUUGAAACUCUUGUCUUCGUUCUCUCUUUUUUACAAUCAACCAAAAUUCAAGGAUUUUUCUCAUUUUAUCGUCCUCAACCUAGCAUUUUCAUUCUCCCUACGCUUAUGGAUACAUGUUGGCACAAACCACGCAAAGUCGGAUAACCACUGUACCGAUAGCACUCGGCUUUGAGUUAAUACGUGUGUUUCAGUCAGUGGUCAGCUGCCGCCUCGCUACUAA